AUGGAAUUUCUUCAGUUUCCCCUAGCUCUUUGCUUGGCAAUGGCGGUCAUUUUUCUCUUCAUGUUGUGGAGGUUGUUAUAUUCUUGCUGGGUUUUGCCAAACCAGGCAUACCAGAAGCUUAGGAGGAAUGGAUUUAGUGGUCCAACUCCAAGUUUUCCUCUAGGAAAUAUUGUUGAUAGGAAGAAGAGUCUCCACUCUUCUUCUUCAUCUUCUUUAAGCCUCACACAUGAUAUCCAUUCAAAAGUAUUUCCAUACUUUUAUCUAUGGCAGAAACUGCAUGGGAAGGUGUUUAUUUAUUGGUUGGGGACAGAGCCAUUUCUAUACAUUGCAGACCCUGAGUUUCUAAGAAAGAUUUCGGCUGAUGUUAUGGGCAAGAGUUGGGGAAAGCCCACUGUGUUUAAAAAUGAUAGAAAACCCAUGUUUGGUAAUGGUUUGGUUAUGGUUGAAGGUGAUGAGUGGGUUCGUCACCGGCAUAUUAUUACCCCUGCAUUUUCUCCUGCAAAUUUGAAGACUAUGUCAAGCAUGACGGUGGAAUCAACCACAAACAUGCUCGAUCGGUGGACGGCCCUAAUCACCUCUGGAAAGCCCGAAAUCGACGUGGAGACAGAAAUCACGAGCACAGCCGGAGAGAUCAUAGCGAAGACGAGCUUCGGAAUGAGCUACGAAAAUGGGAAAGAAGUGUUCGAAAAACUAAGAGCCAUGCAAAUGGCACUUUUCAAAUACACCCGUUACGUGGGUGUGCCCUUUAGCAAUUUCAUGUGUCCUAUUCAAAAUUCAGAGGCUAAAAAGCUUGGGAAAGAGAUUGAUGCUAUGCUAUUAUCAAUUAUAACGUCAAGAAAAUCAAAUGUAGGGCAGCCCCAGAAGGACCUUCUGAGCUUAUUAAUGGCGGAGAGCCAGGUGGGUGGGUCGUCGGAGAAGAAGUUGACGGCGAGUGAGCUGGUGGAUGAGUGUAAAACAUUCUUCUUCGGAGGCCAUGAGACAACUGCUUUGGCUUUGACGUGGACGUUGCUACUCUUGGCCAUGCACACUGAGUGGCAGAAUCAGCUGAGAGAAGAGAUCAAAGAAGUGAUUGGAGAUGGAGAGAUUGAUGCCACCAUGCUUGCAAGACUAAAGAAGAUGGGAUGGGUAAUGAAUGAGGUUCUACGGCUAUACUCACCGGCACCAAACGUACAACGUGGCACAAACAUGUGGAUCGACGUGGUUUCGAUGAACCACGACCGACAACUUUGGGGCGACGACGUUUAUGAGUUCAAGCCAGAGAGGUUCAAGGAUGACUCAUUGUAUGGUGGAUGCAAGCACAAGAUGGGGUUUUUGCCUUUUGGGUUUGGAGGGAGAAUGUGUGUGGGAAGAAACUUGAGCAUGUUGGAGUACAAGAUUGUUUUAACUCUUAUUGUCACUAGGUUUUCGUUUUCCCUGUCCCCAAACUACUGCCAUUCUCCCUCUAUCAUGUUGUCUCUCAGGCCUACCCAAGGCCUACCUCUUAUAUUUCAACAACUGUAG